UCCAGACUCGCCAUCAUGAGCCGCGCUUCCCAAACCGUCUUCACUCGCGCCAACGCUGGCCUCCCCCCAUCCUAUGAAAUCCUCAAGGAGGAGCACGAGGUGGCCGUGCUGGGGGCCCCCCACAGCUCUGCCCCGGCUUCCAGCACCGUCAUCAACAUCCACAGCGAGACCAGCGUGCCCGACCACGUCAUCUGGUCCAUGUUCAACACGCUCUUCGUGAACUUUUGCUGCCUGGGGUUCACGGCCUUCGCCUACUCCGUGAAGUCCAGGGACCGGAAGAUGGUGGGCGACAUGACGGGAGCCCAGAGCUAUGCCUCCACCACCAAGUGCCUGAACAUCUUCGCCCUGAUCUUCAGCCUCCUUAUGACCGUCGUUGUCAUUGUUCUUAUCGUCACUCUUGGCCUCACUGCUUUCUAGAAUACUCGAGAUCGUG